AUGAUCAAGGAGAGGUCGGGGUGGGUGGCGCGCGCCUGUCUGCUGGGCUUUCUCCGCUGCGGGCGGCUGCUCUUCAAGCCGGUGACGCUGGCCAGCGGGCUCACGGUGUGCAAGCGCUGCGUGGAGCUGGUCCCCGGGCGGCUGCAGGCCCGGCGCGUGAACGUGAUGCUGAGCGGGCUGCUGGAGAGAUGCUUCCCCGCGGAAUGUCGGCUGCGCAGGCUAGCGUGCCAGGCACGGGGGCUUCAACGCCAGCAGCAGCCCGAGGCCGCGCUGCUCAGGUGCCAGCAGGCCCUGGACAUGGCCCCCGAUGACAGCUCGCUCCUGCUGCUGCGAGCUGAGUUGUAUCUAAACACAAAGAACUAUGAGCAAGCCCUGCAGGAUGCCGAUACGGUCUGUCAGAGGGAGCCUCUCCUAACCAAGGGGCACCAUGUAAAAGCUCAGAUUCUUUCUGGAUUGGGAAGAAGUAAAGAAGUGCUAAAGGAAUUUAUCUACUGCCUUGCUUUAAAUCCUGAAUGUAACUCAGCAAGGAAAGAAACACAGAAGGUAAUAUGUGAGGUGUUCUUUUCAGCUUCAGAAAGUGAGCAUCCGAAUUUGACAGCUUCUACCCAAAGUGGAGCAGAGGCCCACGGUGAUGGCCAGAUGAAUCCCCAGUGUCCUAUGGAAGAAGGCAGGAACGCUAAUGCGGACAGUUCUGAGAAUCCAUCUGAGAAGUCUGAUGCAGACAGGAAGGCCGGUUCUUCGGUUUUGUAUUUUAUUCUGGGCCUACACCGUGAAGAGGACAAAAAGGCUUUGGAAAGCGUCUUCCCAGCAGCACCAAGCAGCACUCUAAAGAGACAGCUCCCAAGUGACACAGAAGAUGAAUGUGAGAGGAACACCCCCGAGAAAGUUCCCAAGAAAGAUGUGGAUUCCUCACCUCAGGGGAACGUGAACUCUCUGGAGGAGCCAGAGUUCACGAUUGAUGUGGCUGACUUUGAGUGUGCUCUGUGCAUGAGGCUGCUCUUUGAACCUGUCACCACGCCGUGCGGACACACAUUUUGUCUGAAAUGCCUCGAGCGCUGCCUCGACCAUGCUCCACACUGCCCGCUGUGCAAGGACAAGCUUUCAGAAUUGUUGGCAACCAGAAAUUUUAAUGUCACUGUUCUGGCGGAAGAAUUGAUACUCCGGUACUUACCAGAUGAGCUGUCUGAUAGGAAGAGGAUUCACGAUGAAGAAAUGUUGGAACUAUCGAACCUGACCAGAGAUGUGCCCAUCUUUGUGUGUGCCAUGGCCUUCCCCACGGUUUCCUGCCCUCUCCAUGUCUUUGAGCCUCGCUAUCGGCUCAUGAUAAGAAGAUGCAUGGAAACCGGCACCAAGCGAUUUGGCAUGUGUUUGUCUGCAGAGAAUGCAGGGAUUUCGGAGUACGGCUGCAUGCUGGAGAUAAAGGACGUCAGAACUUUCCCCGAUGGAAGCUCCGUUGUGGAGGCAGUCGGGAUUAGCCGCUUCAGAGUGCUGAACCACCGCCACAGAGACGGCUAUAACACCGCGGACAUUGAGUACCUGGAAGACGAGAAGGUGGAAGGUCCAGAGUAUGAAGAACUUACCGCCCUCCAUGAGUCCGUGUACCAGCAGGCUGUUUCCUGGUUCGCUUCUCUCCAGGAUCACAUGAAGAAACAAAUUCUAAGCCAUUUCGGGUCGAUGCCAGAGAGGGAGCCUGAGCCGCAGAGCAACUCUAGCGGCCCCGCCUGGUCCUGGUGGAUUCUGGCCGUGCUGCCAUUGGAACGCAAGGCUCAGCUGGCCGUUCUUGGCAUGGCCUCCCUGAAAGAGCGGCUGCUUGCCAUUCGGCGAAUCCUAGUCAUCAUUACACGCAAGAUGAACAGUCGCCAAGAGAUGGCUAACAACGCACAGAGAGAUAACUGAGUUUCCUCUGCGUCAAGGUUGCUGGAAGACCCUGUGUGUUUAUGAGUUCCAGGCAGGGACAGGGGCCCCUCCUCCUCCCUGCUCUUUGUAAAAUGCUUGUCAGUAAUGUGAUACACGGGACAGACGCCAAAUACCGGUUUUCUCACACAUUCAAAGUCUGCCUGCUGGACUCUUGACACUGUUCAAAGUUAGUCUGAACCCCCAGUGGAAGGUACAGUGGGAAGCCUCAUGAGAAAACCUCUUCAGAGCAGGCACUUCAAGAGUCCAGCCCACUACCACCAUGGGACACACACGGUUGACAUGUGACAUAGGUGUAGAAGGUGAUGACAUUCCCAGUCAGUGUCUUGAGAUGAGAGAUGGAGAACGUGUGUGCCACUUGCUAGGCAGUGGAUCAUUAAAGAAGUGAAUCAUUGUCCACUCUGUCCCCACGAAGUCAUAGUUACUGGACAGAGCUGUGUUCGUGUUUCAUGUCCUGCUGUAAUUCCAGGUGUUGUAAAUUGCAUGUCGUAAUUAAAUGAGUGUUACAAAUGCAAUAUGUAUCUUGUGUAUAGAAAAGACUGAGAAUAGCAGCUAUUUUGAGACUAUAUAUUUAUAAACACCCCGAAAGUGUAAUCAAAAUGCAUUGAAACUAUGUGUGCAUUGGGAUGUCAAACACACAGCCAAACUUGUUUUCUAAGCAAGGUUUUGUGUGUAGUCAACUGGGAAUUUCCUGUCUGAUAAUUAUGGGUGUAGUUCCUGACCUCCAGCACAUUUUGGGAAUAUGGAUUGGAAUACUCAGACAUUACUGCUGUCCUGAGCUGGCUGCUUAGUCUGUAAGGUGAGCAUCCUGACAGACAAGACCCUGCUGAGCAAAUCCCAGUGACAAGUUCUGCUUCCGCUUCACUCAUUCAAGGUGUGGGUUUUUUGUUUUUUUUAAAAAAGUACAUUUUAUGGUGUGAAAUCUUUUUAUUAGGAAGGUCUUAUGAUUGCAGUGAUAAUGUAUUUUAUUGUUCUUGCCAAUAACUGAAAUUCAACUUCACCUUGGUACUUAGAAUACAACACCCAUCUCGUUUACUAUGAUCUUCAAUGUCAUCUUAAAAAGAGGCUAAAAGCCCUUUGAGCAAGCAGUUUAACGCACUACCAGUUCGUGUCUUCUUGACAUUUAUGACAUCAUCUGACCAUGUAAAACAAAACUGGAGCUCCUGUGGCAGAAACCCUUUAUUGGAAUUUGCCCAUGAAAAUUAAUUGUUUUUAACUUAUUCCCUCCCUCCCUCCCUCCCACCCUC